AUGCCCGACGACUACUCCUUCACCGGCGGGGGUCUAAAGCUCAAAGGAGCCUCCACCGGCGCCGGCAUUACCAAAAAGAAAAAGAAGAAGAAGGUUCCCGCUCCCACCACUUCAACAUCUCCAUCUCCAUCUCCAUCCACCGCCACGACCACACUCCAAAACGCCUUAAAAGACGAAGAUGCUGCGAAGCCCACUUCCGACGAAACAGGGACGAGCGAAGACCAAUUGAAAUCUCUAGAUCCCCGCGACGCAUCUGGGAAAACCGCAUCGGAGCGUGCGCAUGAGGAGAUGAGGAGGAGGAGGCUCAACGACCGCCUCAAGCGCGAAGGCGUCAAAACCCACAAAGAGCGCGUCGAGGAACUAAACAGAUAUCUCAGCACCCUAAGUGAACAUCACGAUAUGCCCAAGAUCGGACCCGGAUAAUGCGUUUAUUGUCUUCCAAACAUAUACACACAUGCACACAAAUACACUAUUUACGAACUUCGAACUUCGAAUUUCGAAUUGCGAAAGAAGAAAGAAGGAAGAAGGAAGAAAGGGGAGUCUGGAGUUUCACGGAGUUCGAUGAGAGCACUCAUUAGCAGUGACUACACGAUUUAAUUCAACUUUACUUUUCUCGACUUUAUUACAUUUUGAUCUCCCUCCAACCUCGCAAACAUCACAUCGAAACCGGAAUCAGAUGCAAAAAAAUAAAAACUAGACCAGCCAAAAAAUCAAACUUAGGUUUCUGAGCCCACGAAUCUAAUUCCAAUGCUCAAGAUAGGUACUGUUCCAAUAAACGAUCAUAUGGCACAGCCGAAAAUGAUGGAUGGCUCGCGCGAAAGAGGGAGAGAUGUGCAUAUACCCCAACCUUUGAAAUAAUAUAAACAUAUACCAUUAUAAAUCAGAAAAUUUCAAAAUUUCUACAAGCUACAACUAUAUCGUUACGAGGAGAUCUUCUUC